AACGUAGAAAAAAUAAUCACACAAGUUAUAAGAUAAUAAUUAUUAAUAUAUUUAACUUCAUUCAUACAGCACAUAGUAUAGUUUUUAGUUUUAGAUUACAAACCAGACAAGAUGAUUCUUAUAGAUUUUCUGUCACUGUAAACAAAUCUGUUAAUGAAAUUGUUCUAUUACGUUAACCCUAGAAAUUGUUAUGUGCAGAUGAAUAUUUAAAUUUCAUGAGUGAAUGUCCUUUUAAUCUACAACUAUAAAUUUUAAUUGGCAUAAAGUAGAUGUAAUUAUACAAUAUUCUUUGAAAGAGAACUUUUAUUUUGAAUACAUGAUGAUAAGCUUUUCUAAUUUGUGAUGAGUAUAUUUUAAGAAAAAAUAUUUGUUAAAGAUAACCAUUACUUAAGAAAACUAAAUUAAGUAUUUAAUUGUUUUUCUUAGAAUUAAUAUUUUUCUAUGCAUAUUUUACAUCGUCAAUCUUUUAUCUCGCAUCUGUUUUCUUGACAACACAAUGAACUGAUUACCGCAUGAUAUAAAAUAAUAUGCCAAUAACAAUGACAAUUUUAUGGAAAGAAUAAUAUAGAAGAAGAAAAUUUAUUUUUUUAUUAAAUUUGUUUUAUCAUAAAUUUAAGGCAGUACUAUCUGAUUUUAUAUUGAAAGUUAACCAAAAGUUUAUAACGAUGAUUGUCACAUAAAUAUUAAUUGACUGGAAUAGAUUUUUUUGUAUAAAAUCUUAAAGUGUUCUAUUAAUAGAUGAUAACUUAAAAUAACUGCUUCAAAAUAAUAUGCAAUCACAUCAUAAAAACACAUAUUCAAACAUAAUUUGAAAUAGAAUGAACCAAGUUCCAGCAGAAAAAAAAUACAUCGGCGUACUAAGAAAAAUAUUAAUACAGAAUCAGAUGAAGUGAUAGAACAGGAAGAUGAACUAGAUUCAAAAAUUAAAUCAGAUCUAUCUGAAAUCAAAAUGAAAGUAGAUGAAAAUGUUACUCGAGAAUUUGAUAAGGAAAAUCAUGAUCCAGAAAUAAAUCAAGAGGAAACAAAGGAAAAUCCAGAGAAGAGAAUAAAAAUAGAAAAUAGUAACAAAACAUUUGAAUCAAGACAUCAAGAUAGCAAGAAUACAUCUGCUGCGAUAGAGCGAUGUCAAUACUGCAAACAUGUAUUAAACAGUGAUAUAAAACUGUAUCAAGGACAUCCAAAUGGUGCAAUUGAAGAACAAAUAGCUUUAAUAGAUCCUAAGCUGUGUUUAUUUACUGGUGACGAAUCUUUUGUAGAUGAAAGCGAUGAGAGACCACAGAAUAAAUUAACUCAUUUUAGUGUUUAUGAUAUGAAUGGGCAUCUGUGUUCUUUUGACACGGGGCUCAUAGAGAAAAACGUCUUAUUAUAUUUUUCUGGAUACAUGAAAGCUAUUUACGAGGAAAAUCCUUCGCCUGAAGGAGGUAUACCGACAAAAGAUAUGGGACCAAUAAAUGAAUGGUAUAUUACUGGCUAUGACGGAGGCGAAUUGGCAUUAGUCGGUUUUAGUACUGCGUUCGCGGAAUAUAUUUUAAUGGAACCAUCUGAGGCUUACGCGCCGUUUAUGGAUGCAGUUAUAGAAAAGAUAUAUAUGAGUAAAUUGGUUAUAGAAUUCUUGAUACAUUCUUAUUCAGUUCUCGAAAUUGAGCCAAAGUACGAAGAUCUGUUAAACAAACUUCAAACGACGGUACCACCCAAAGAAACGAUGAAGUUUACAGAGGAUACGCUGUUACGUCACGCGCAAUUUAUUUGCGAUCAAGUUUUGUCAUCGGAUAAUAAUGUUGGUUCUAGUUCUGAUGAGACUCUUCUCAUCACGGCGCCAUGUAUGCGAUCUCUUAUGCAUCUCUCUGGUGUUACCUUAGGUAAGAAAUCAGCUAUCCGUCUAUCGAAACGACAGCCGAAGAUUAAAAAGCCCUCCUGGUCAAUGGCCACUACAACAAAAUUAGUUAGCAAUAUGUUUGAAAAUAUCUUUGCUGACCAACUGGCUAAACAUAAUGAUAUGAAGGUGGGGCCUCAAAGGAGAAUGCGAUGUGGCGUUUGUGAGACUUGUCAGCAACCUGACUGUGGCGUUUGCGUUGCUUGUAAAGACAAGCCAAAAUUUGGAGGCAGGGGAAUUCAAAAGCAAGCAUGCAUCAAAAGAAGAUGUCCAAAUUUGGCUAUUCAGGAAGCAGAUGACUCUGACGAAGAACAAUAUGAAAAUGAAGAGCAAUAUGAUAAUUUAGAAGAUAAAACUGUACAAGAAACGAAAGCUGAAAGUUUUAAAGAACUCAAGAAAGAUAUAAUAUGGGAAAAAAAGGAUAAAAUUGACGGACAAAGAAAAUUUUAUAAAUCGGUUAUAGUUGGCGGCGAAAAAAUCGAAAUAAAUGAUUAUGUUUUACUAGAACCUAAAGAUCCAACAAUUCCUGCACAAAUUUACAAAGUUAUGUAUAUGUGGGAAGAGAAUAAAAAGAAACGAUUUCACGGAACUCGUCUUCGUAAGGGUAUCGAUACCAUACUUGGCGAAACAUCGGAUCCUAUGGAAUUGUUUCUAACUGACCAAUGUAUUCAGGCGUCGUUUACAUCUGUUAUAUCAAAGGCAACUGUUAUUCAUAGAAAGAUCCUCGACAAUUGGGCUGAACUAGGUAAUACAGAUAUGGAUAACAAUAUAAGAGAUACGAAUAGCAAGACGUUUUUUUAUCAAAAGAAAUAUGAUCCUGAUAGUGCUCGAUUUGAGGAUCCACCACCGGAUCCGGAAUGUCCGGGAGAACACAUUAGUCAUCGAUUUUGUUCCUCUUGUAUGCAGUUGGCCAUAGUAACGCAAAAUAAUAUACCUAAGGUCUGCAAUUUAAUAGAAAAGAGAAGUAGCAAGGAAGUAAUUUACGAGUUUGUAAAAUAUAAAAAUGAGGAAUACAGAGUCGGUACCGCGGUGUUCUUACAUCCAGAUGCUCUGAAAUUUAAAUACAAACGAAAAUAUCAAGAAUCGAAACAGUUGAACAUAAAAGAUGUGAAUGAAGAUAUGUAUCCAGAGUUAUAUAGAAAACUGGACGAUAAACAAAGAGAGUCAAACACACCUGAACCUUUUCAUAUCGGUUACAUUAACACGAUAUAUGCCACGACAACUGAUUUAUUAGCCCUGCCCUCAGAUAUUUUUAUUAAAGUGAACAAAAUGUACAGACCGGAAAAUACUCAUCGGGAUUUGGCGCUAAUGGAGCAAUCGGACAUUAAUAUGGUCUAUUGGAGUAAUGAAGAAUGCACAGUAAAUAUCUCUAUGGUCAUGGGUAAAUGCUACCUGGCAUAUUUUAAAAACAUGAGUGAAUCUAUUGAAGAAUGGUCGAUGGGCGGCCCGGAUAGAUUCUAUUUCACCGAAUCGUAUAAUCCUAAAGAAAUGACAUUUGACGAACCACCUCACGACAUUAUUAAUAUGAGUAAAUUUGGAAAGGGAAAAGGCAAGGGAAAGGGGAAGAGUAAAUCUGCAAUGAAAGUGGAAGAGACUGAAAAGAAGCAGAUUUUUGAAACACCCGUGGACUAUCCUGUUAUACCAAGAAAAUUGAAAAUGUUGGACAUAUUUGCUGGUUGUGGAGGAUUAUCUGAAGGAAUGCAUCAAGCGGGAGUAGCUGAGAGUCUAUGGGCAAUUGAGAAAGAGGAAGCCGCAGCAAAUGCGUAUCGCUUGAACAAUUCGAAGGCUACAGUUUUUACAGAGGAUUGCAACAUAUUGUUACAAAAAGUGAUGAACGGUGAUCAAGUAGAUAAUAAUGGCCAAAAACUUCCUCAGAAAGGAGAGGUUGAACUCAUAUGUGGCGGUCCACCAUGUCAGGGUUUCAGUGGCAUGAAUCGGUUCAAUUCGCGACAGUAUUCAUUAUUUAAAAAUUCUCUUGUUGUCUCGUUUCUGUCUUAUUGCGAUUAUUAUAAACCAAAAUUUUUUAUAAUGGAGAAUGUGCGAAAUUUCACGUCCUGUAAAAAAGGAAUGGUGCUAAAAUUAACUUUAAGAUGUCUCGUUCGUAUGGGCUAUCAGUGUACAUUUGGUAUUCUCCAAGCUGGAAGUUAUGGUGUGCCACAAACGCGAAAAAGAAUGAUACUCAUAGCCGCUGCACCUGGAGAGAUACUUCCAAAUUAUCCAGAACCAAUGCAUGUGUUUAAUAAACAAUGUUGCUCAACGACUGUAGUAGUGGAUAACAAAAAGUACUAUAUAAAAUAUAUACGAAAGGAUUCAGCUCCAUAUAGAAAUAUUACCGUCAAGGAUGCCUUGAGUGACCUUCCACCAAUUAAAAGUGGUUCAAAUAAAGAAGAGAUGCCUUAUAACAGUGAACCAAUAACACAUUUCCAGAGAAAGAUGAGAGGUAAAUCGUAUCGAUCGAUAUUGAUGGAUCACAUGUGCAAAGGGAUGAGUUCACUUGUAGAGGCACGAAUGAGUUAUAUUCCAACGACGAUUGGUUCCGACUGGCGCGAUUUACCGAAUAUUGUGGUAAAAUUGAGCGAUGGUACCUUUUCCAAAAAAUUAGAAUAUUUACAUGACGAUCCGAAAGCUGGGAGAAACUCGCAGAAUGGAUUUCGUGGAGUAUGCAGUUGCUGCACUGGUCAACCGUGCGAUCCCACUGAUAAACAAUUUAAUACUUUGAUUCCAUGGUGCCUGCCACAUACCUCGAACCGACAUAAUAAUUGGAAAGGUUUGUACGGGAGACUUGACUGGAACGGAUUUUUCAAAACAACUAUUACUAAUCCGGAGCCGAUGGGUAAACAGGGUCGUGUCUUGCAUCCAGUGGAGAGUCGAGUUGUCAGCGUGAGGGAGUGCGCGAGAUCUCAAGGUUUUCCUGACUCAUAUCGUUUCUUUGGUACAAUACUUGAUAAAUAUCGGCAAGUAGGUAACGCUGUACCGCCACCAUUAGGAGCCGCUAUCGGUCACGAGAUAAGAAAGUGUAUUCGUGAUGUAACAUUGAACAUGGAAACCAAAUCUACAAACAAUUAUAGUGCUAAAGCAACAACGAGCAAGAGUUUUGAUAGUCUCAACGAAAAUCACAGUAAAAGUAUCAAUGAAGACCUACUGGAGGACGCUAAUAACAGUCUGGACGUCGAUGACGUUUUCUUCCACUCCGAGCGCCGUGCGCCACGAGAAGUAAGGCCGACAACGCUGGUAGUGGUGUAGCAGUCUAAUGUAAUAAACGGGAUAUCAUCGCUUGUGGCCCUGCCACCGAGAUCCGGACUCUGGAUAUAACUUAUCAUUAUUUAAUAUUAAAUAAUAAAUAAUUCCGGUAUUAUACUCCAAUGUUUAAUUCUCGACCAUCUGAUGUGUUGACAAGAAUAAACUUGUGUUACAAUUUAUACAACGAA